AAGCAAACGUCGCAAAUGAAGUGCCCAGAAUAAGCAUUCGGGGAAUAUACACAACGUAUUAAAUACUAAUCACAUCCAGUAAAAACAUUGUGUGAAUUAUACAAUAGAAAACUGCAUUUUGGUUACACAUAAUUAUGGACACUCCAAGCUCACCACCGCCAAAUACUCCCAGCGAUGCCGCAGAGCGCCGCGAUUUACGUGCCGUCAUGACCUCACCAGUGGGCGAUUUUGAACCUUUUGAGAAUGAAGAUGAAAUAUUGGGUGAUCAGACUGUGCGUGAGGGGGAAGAUGAAGAUGGCGAGGAGCUGUUCGGCGACAACAUGGAAAAUGAUUAUCGUGCGAUGCCUGAGUUGGAUCACUACGAUCCGGCCAUGCUGGACGACGAGGAAGAUUUUUCAGAGAUGUCACAGGGCGAGCGCUUUGCGGCCGAAGCCGAGAUGCGUCGUCGAGACCGCGCGCAAGGCAUACAUCGUGACGAUCGCGAUCUUGGCUUCGACCAGUCGGAUGAUGAGGAUGAUAUGGGACCUCGUGCCAAACGACGGGCUGGUGAGAAGGCGGCCGUAGGCGAAGUAGAAGACACCGAAAUGAUCGAGUCCAUUGAGAAUUUGGAAGACACCAAGGGCCACUCGACCAAGGAGUGGGUAAGCAUGCUGGGACCGCGGACGGAGAUUGCAAAUCGCUUCCAGUCGUUCUUGCGCACCUUUGUAGACGAGCGUGGGGCCUAUACAUAUCGCGACCGUAUCCGCCGUAUGUGCGAGCAAAACAAAGCAUCGUUUGUGGUCUCGUACACAGAUCUCGCCAAUAAGGAGCACGUGCUGGCUUACUUUCUGCCCGAGGCGCCAUUUCAGAUGCUUGAAAUUUUCGACAAGGUGGCCAAGGAUAUGGUUUUGUCCAUAUUUCCCACAUACGAGCGUGUUACAACUGAAAUUCAUGUGCGCAUCUCGGAGCUGCCGCUGAUCGAGGAGCUACGCACGUUCCGAAAACUGCAUCUUAAUCAGCUGGUGCGCACCCUUGGUGUGGUUACGGCCACAACUGGUGUGCUGCCGCAGCUUUCGGUCAUCAAGUACGAUUGCGUCAAGUGCGGGUACGUUCUGGGACCCUUUGUACAGUCGCAAAACUCUGAGGUCAAGCCCGGCUCCUGUCCCGAAUGUCAGAGCAUGGGGCCCUUCUCUAUCAAUAUGGAGCAGACGCUAUAUCGUAACUACCAGAAAAUAACGCUGCAGGAGUCACCGGGACGAAUUCCCGCCGGUCGCAUUCCGCGCAGCAAAGAUGUUAUACUGCUGGCUGAUCUUUGCGACCAAUGUAAGCCUGGAGAUGAACUGGAAGUCACUGGCAUCUACACAAACAACUACGAUGGUUCGCUGAAUACGGACCAGGGCUUCCCAGUUUUUGCUACAGUCAUCAUUGCAAAUCAUGUUGUGGUAAAAGACUCCAAGCAGGUGGUUCAAUCGCUGACGGACGAGGAUGUAGCAACCAUACAGAAGCUGAGCAAGGAUCCACGAAUUGCCGAACGGGUUGUAGCCUCCAUGGCACCUUCCAUAUAUGGCCACGACUACAUUAAGCGCGCUUUGGCGCUGGCGCUCUUCGGCGGCGAGUCCAAGAAUCCUGGCGAGAAGCACAAGGUGCGUGGGGACAUCAAUUUACUUAUAUGCGGUGAUCCGGGAACGGCGAAGUCACAGUUUCUCAAGUAUAUCGAAAAGGUGGCUCCACGUGCCGUCUUUACCACUGGUCAGGGCGCGAGUGCUGUAGGUUUAACCGCCUAUGUGCGUCGCAAUCCCGUCUCCAAGGAGUGGACUCUGGAAGCCGGCGCUCUAGUGCUGGCCGACCAGGGCGUAUGCCUUAUUGAUGAGUUCGACAAGAUGAACGACCAGGAUCGCACUUCAAUACACGAAGCCAUGGAGCAACAGUCCAUAUCCAUAUCCAAGGCUGGCAUUGUCACUUCGCUGCAGGCGCGUUGCACGGUUAUAGCGGCUGCCAAUCCGAUUGGUGGUCGCUACGAUCCAUCUAUGACUUUCUCUGAGAACGUGAAUCUCUCCGAGCCCAUUCUCUCUCGUUUUGACAUACUGUGUGUGGUCAAGGAUGAAUUUGAUCCGAUGCAGGAUCAGCAGUUGGCCAAAUUUGUGGUGCACUCGCAUAUGAAACAUCAUCCGUCCAGCGAGGACGAGCCACAGCUUGAAGAGCCCCAAAACAAAACCGUCGAAGAGAUACCGCAGGAUCUGCUGCGUCAAUACAUCGUCUAUGCCAAGGAAAAUAUUCGGCCCAAGUUAACGAACAUCGACGAAGACAAGAUUGCCAAAAUGUAUUCACAGCUGCGUCAGGAAUCGUUCGCCACCGGUUCUCUUCCUAUUACCGUGCGCCACAUUGAGAGCGUUAUCCGCAUGUCAGAGGCGCAUGCGCGGCUUCAUCUCCGGGAGAACGUCAUCGAGGCGGACGUCAGCAUGGCCAUUCGUAUGAUGCUGGAAAGCUUCAUCGAGGCACAGAAGUUCAGCGUAAUGAAAAAGAUGCGUAACACAUUCCAGAAAUAUCUGGCUUUCCAAAAAGAUCACUCUGAGCUGCUGUUCUUCAUUCUGCGACAGCUAACACUUGACCAGUUGGCCUACAUUCGGUGCAAGGAUGGUCCAAACGCCACGCACGUGGAGAUUAUGGAGCGCGAUUUGAUCGAACGCGCCAAGCAGCUUGAUAUCAGCAAUUUGAAGCCAUUCUAUGAGUCUGAUCUUUUCCGCACGAAUGGCUUCUCAUACGAUCCCAAGCGUCGAACCAUCUUGCAAAUUGUCGCCGAUGGCGCUGCCUAAAUUUAAUAGGCACUUAAGUUCAACUUACUUUAAGAAAAUCACAAACUUACCUUUGUUCAUGUCCCAUUCUCGUAUAUUUUGUAUGU